AUCGUGACGGUCGGUAGUAGUUGCUUUUCGUGAGUGAAGUCGGAUAUUAAGUUGAAAAUUUACUAAACGGUUUAAAGUACGCUUAUUUUUGCAACACUCAAUGCAUGACUUUAAUAACAGGUUUGAAAAUCACUAGAUUUCUGGUGAACCGUAAAAGCUGUGAGAAAAAAAUUAGCUUCGACCCCUCCCCCACCUCUGAACGGUGGUUGUUUUUUUUUAUAUAUUUCAAAUGCGCCUGGUCUCGAAAGCACAGGAAAAAAAACGUGCGAGUGUGUGAUAAUAAUCACUGUUUUGUUUACAUGUUGCUUAUCAGCAGAUUGGUAGUUUGAAUAUCGAAAGUGUGGUGUAGUUUCGCAGAUUUAUCGGAGAAAAGGAAGGUGCCCUAUUACGUGGUCGUGGUUCUGAACAAGGCAAAAAAUGUGAACGAGAUCCGUUCAGCGACGAGAGCAACAAAGCAGGAAUCGCGUUUUUUUUUCGCUUUUCCCAUACAAACGCGCACACUACCAACACCAGCAGUAUCAUCAUCAGCGUCGAACAGCCUGCCACGGCAAGUUCUUCUUUAGCACACACAAGGGAUCGAACCGCACCAGAGCAACCGUAUCGGGGUGGGAGCGGAGCAGGCCUUGGUUUCCGUCAUCAUCAUCAUCAUCUGCGGCGGCAGUCAUCAGGUGUCAGUGGCAGGCAAAAUACGGUUGCUUCGUUACGACCAGCGUUCGCCGUGAGCUUUGUGCAGUAUAGGUUACCUUCUACAACGGUGGCCUGCUGCGCAGCGAGAGCACGGUGCCCUCCAGUUUUGAGCUUGUUUGCUGCGUCGCGCUGUGACAGCCUCGGUUGGCCGAUACGGACCGCGGCUCAGUAGGUUGUGUGUUUUCCACAGCGACGAGGGUGACUUCGACUUCGAUCUGUGAGGGAUACGGUUUGUUGCUUUAUCGAAAAAAUUGUGCUUUAUUGCGAGUGAGCCUAGCAAUGUCACACUCAGGAAUGGAAGAUAUUUCGGAUCAGGAGAUGAGCCUGGCUGAUCAAUCUGACGAACGCUUGCUAAACGGCACAACGCCAAGUGAAAAUAAUGAAGUGGUGGUGCUGAGGGCGGAAAACUGUCGCCUGCUGACCACACUGAUUGAGUACAAAAAGCUACUGGAAAACACCAAGCUUCGGUACGGGACGGUAAAGAAAGACUACUACGCGGCAAAGAAAAGACUUAAAAGGCUAGCGGAUAAACUGCAUACGACCGGAAGUAGCGCAGCGGAUGCCGAAGGUGAAGGUACGACAGCACAGCCGGUGACCGGAGAUGACGACGUACGCAAGAAGUGGAAGGAGCCGAAUGUUAAAGCAGCAGUCAAACUGAAGGCUGCCAUUGGAGUGCACGCAUACCAGUCACUGAUCAAGGACGGUGAACUGCAGUUGCCCAGUUUGCGAACCAUUUCUCGCUAUGUGGAUACGCUGAAGAAGGCCGGUUUGAGACCGAACUACGAUUUCAAUGUGCGCGACUCGGAUACGGUGGGGAAGCUGUUCGUGGAGGAAGAAGAGGAGGAGGACAGUGGCGACGUAGAUCACAACAGAAAUCAGCAGGAAAAGCAACAUUCGAGAGACGCAUCGGAUGGGGAGGAUCCGGCAAACUACGCUGCUACAACGAAUGUCAGCUUCUUCCCCGGAAAGAUAGAACCGGAAGAUGUCGAUGACGAUAAUCACCUGUCGGAGCGGUAUCACAAUGGCAUUACCAAUGGAGAGGUCCCACAUGCGAACCAUCUUCAUCACCAUCAGCAGCAACAGCAGCUGCAGCAUCCCCAGCAGCAACAGCAUCAACAAACACUCACCAGUAGUCAUAUCGAAUUUCUCAAAUCGAUGACUGGUUUCCGGAAGAAGUGGACCCCGUUCGAGUUGCGAACCUGCAUGGAUAUUCGGCGAAUCAUCGGCAGUAAGGAGUAUGACUCGCUGCGGAAGAACGACGGAAUGCCACUGCCCAGUGCGAAGACGCUACGGAAGUACAAACAUGCGGUCCAUUUAGAAGGCGUGGAUGCAAUAGAUUUGAUGGGUCGCAAGAGAACACACCGGGAGAUGGUGGAUGGGGUAAUUACGGCAUCGAAUGGACUUAUUAUGAAUGGAUGCGGUCCGUACGGAGGUGAUAUGGAUGAUGCUCUGAAUGCCGAAGAUACUGGCGGUUUCUUCGACAUCAAUGGGUUGACCGAGGAGCAGAUUAAUUUCCUGCAAUCACUGUCCACUAAUACGAAAGGAUUCUCCGAUUUCGAGCUACAGAAAACGUUAGAACUUAAGAAUGAGCUUGGCGGAAAGAACUACGAAGUUCUGCGGAAACAGGAAUGUUUGCAUAUCCCUACUCUGGUGAUGUUGAAACGCUACGAACAGGAAAACGGCCUGGAAGACCUGUCCGCUAUGGUUGUUGCGGAAGACUUAGACGAUGAAGAUGAUCAGGAGCCAGAACAGGAACCGGAACUAGAGCCCGAGCAAGAGCUGGAUAAUGGCCAACGGCUGGCAGACAGCUAUAUGGUGACAAUGAACGGAAUCGGUGAUGAUUCCCACUUGGAUAUCUUCGAGCAUCACUCCAUCUUUGAUAAGGAUGAAUCGCCAUCACUGGACAUGAGCAAACUGAGUCAACAGCACAUCGAAUUCUUGAGUACACUGCCGGAAAACCCGAAACGGUGGACAACCGAGAUGAUCAACUCGGCGCUGGACAUUAAGAACGUGAUUGGCACCCGGGACUACGAGGUGCUGCGAAGACAGGGUAUUCCACUGCCGGCUGCGCGAACGCUACGGCGUCACAAAGACGUUAAGAACCGGACUGUGGAGGGGGAAGUCGCGUGCUAGAUUUUUCAAUGAGAGGUACCUGUAUUAUAUAUAGGAUAGAUGUGCGAAACUAGUUUGUUCUUUUUCUUACUAAUCAUAAGAAGUACGAAAGAAAUAUUAAAUGGCGCCAAAUAUUUGAAACAAUAUCGUGAAGGAAAUAAGCGAAGAUGUUUUGGGUAGAAAAAACAUCGGAAUAGCGUAGUCAUUUCUAAUUUUUCGCAAUAGUGUGUAGUAUUAGUUGUAUAAAUUUUAAUUGAUAGUUGACUUUGAGGUGUACUAAAUAAUAUAAAUGCUAGAAAAUAAAAGAAACAGAUGUUGUUUGAAUCUUGAUGUGAAA